UUACUGGCGGCGGCGGCGGCGGCCCGGGCUCGGGCUGUCGGGGAAGCUGCUGAGCUGUGAUGGUGAUGACGAGGUGAAAAUGGCGGAUCUUUCGAAAUACAAUCCCGGCCCCUGACAUACCAGAGGCGGCGGCCGCGGCGGCGUCGCCACCCGGGACUCCGUCCGCGGCCCCCGGGUUCCCCAGUAGCGUUCCAGGUCUGGCAGACGAGGGGAGGAAGCGGCUGGCCGGAGCCAGCGUGCACACGCAAAAGCAGCACCGCCCGGGCUCGGGAUUGCCCGGGACCUUCUGGAGCCCCCACCUCGGAGCCGGAGGGAGGAGAAAGCGGCCGCCGCCGGAGCACCUGAUCAACUCUUUCGAAGGAGAACGAUCAUGGAGGUGGUGCCAGCUGAGGUGAAUAGUUUGCUUCCAGAGGAGAUAAUGGACACUGGUAUAACUUUAGUGGAUGAUGAUAGUAUUGAGGCUGUUAUUGUUUCAUCCCCAAUUCCCAUGGAGACAGAACUGGAAGAAAUUGUCAACAUAAAUUCUACUGGUGACUCUGCAGCCACGCCCAUUUCCACGGAACCAAUCACAGUGCACAGUAACCACACUACCCGAGUUGCAGUGAACACCACAGUCACUAAAGCAGAUUCUAAUACCACAGUGAAACCAGCUUUUCCAAGUGGCCUUCAAAAACUUGGUGCUCAGACUCCUGUGACUAUAUCAGCCAAUCAGAUUAUUUUAAACAAAGUAUCACAGACAUCUGAUCUUAAACUUGGCAAUCAGACCCUUAAACCAGAUGGACAGAAGUUAAUUUUAACAACUUUGGGCAAGUCUGGUUCACCAAUUGUUUUAGCACUACCCCAUAGCCAACCCCAGGCUCAGAAAGUUACAACUCAGGCCCAGUCAGGAGAUGCUAAGUUACCACCGCAGCAAAUUAAAGUAGUUACCAUUGGAGGGAGGCCAGAGGUGAAACCUGUCAUUGGUGUCUCAGCAUUGACCCCAGGAAGUCAACUGCUUAAUACUACAACUCAGCCCUCUGUGUUACAGACCCAACAGUUAAAAACAGUACAGAUUGCUAAGAAGCCUCGAACACCAACCUCUGGUCCAGUAAUCACGAAGCUGAUCUUUGCAAAACCAAUUAAUAGUAAAGCAGUUACAGGACAGACAACUCAAGUAUCACCACCAGUCAUUGCAGGUAGGGUUCUUUCACAGUCUACUCCGGGGACUCCAUCAAAGACCAUAACAAUAUCUGAAAGUGGUGUUAUUGGAUCAACUUUAAAUUCUACAACACAGACACCAAAUAAAAUAGCCAUCUCACCUUUGAAAUCGCCAAAUAAGGCAGUGAAAUCAACUGUGCAGACCAUCACUGUUGGAGGCGUGAGCACAUCACAGUUUAAGACAAUUAUUCCUCUGGCAACUGCUCCCAAUGUCCAGCAGAUUCAAGUGCCUGGAAGCAAGUUUCAUUAUGUCCGACUUGUUACUGCCACAACAGCCAGUAGCUCAACCCAGCCAGUUAGUCAGAAUCCCAGUACAAACACUCAGCCUCUCCAGCAAGCUAAACCAGUUGUUGUUAACACCACCCCAGUGCGGAUGUCCGUCCCACUUGUCUCAGCGCAGACAGUCAAACAAGUUGUUCCAAAACCGAUCAAUCCAACUUCUCAGAUAGUCACCACCAGCCAGCCACAGCAGCGGCUCAUCAUGCCUGCCACCCCACUGCCACAAAUCCAGCCAAACCUCACGAACCUGCCACCAGGCACUGUGCUGGCGCCAGCCCCAGGAACAGGGAAUGUGGGCUACGCAGUGCUUCCUGCUCAGUAUGUGACUCAGCUACAGCAGUCUUCCUAUGUGUCUAUAGCAAGCAACUCUAACUUCACCGGAACACCUGGUAUCCAGACCCAGGCAAGGCUUCCGUUCAAUGGCAUAAUCCCAUCAGAGUCUGCCAGUCGGCCCAGAAAGCCCUGUAAUUGUACAAAAUCGCUGUGUUUGAAAUUAUAUUGUGAUUGCUUUGCAAAUGGUGAAUUUUGCAACAACUGCAAUUGUACUAAUUGUUAUAAUAACUUGGAACACGAAAAUGAAAGGCAAAAAGCAAUAAAGGCAUGCCUUGACAGAAAUCCAGAAGCUUUUAAGCCUAAGAUAGGGAAGGGGAAGGAGGGAGAAUCUGAUCGACGUCACAGCAAAGGAUGUAACUGCAAACGAUCAGGAUGUCUUAAGAACUACUGUGAAUGCUAUGAGGCAAAAAUAAUGUGUUCCUCAAUAUGCAAGUGCAUUGGCUGUAAGAAUUUUGAAGAAAGCCCAGAAAGAAAGACACUGAUGCACUUGGCAGAUGCAGCUGAAGUCAGGGUGCAGCAGCAGACGGCAGCGAAGACCAAGUUAUCCUCCCAGAUUUCGGACUUGCUGACCAGGCCAACACCAGCUUUGAAUAGCGGAGGAGGAAAGUUGCCAUUUACGUUUGUCACUAAGGAAGUAGCUGAAGCCACGUGUAAUUGCCUUCUUGCCCAGGCGGAGCAGGCAGACAAGAAGGGAAAAUCAAAGGCAGCUGCUGAACGGAUGAUACUUGAGGAAUUUGGGCGAUGCUUAAUGAGUGUCAUCAACUCUGCAGGAAAAGCAAAAAGUGACCCUUGUGCCAUGAAUUGCUAACUCGUGCACAAAAAAACUGCUAAAUGGAACUGUACAGAAAAUUGAAGGUUCAGGGACACUUGAUUUUUCUGGAAAUAGCUUGAUAAUUAUUGUAUUGUUAAUUCAGUCCUUGAGACCUGAAAUUAUAUUGAUGGAGAAGAAAUUUUAAAUAAGGAAAUUAGUACAUUUUAAAUCUUAGUUAAAUCUGCUUAUGCCCCUUCUAAAUUGAAUUUUUCUUCAUUGUAUUAUAUAGGUUUUUAAUUUGCUUGGGUUUCUUAAGAACUAGAUGUUCUAUCCUUCUGAUUCUAUUGACAAAGAACAUUUAUAAAUUACUAUUAUAUAAUUUAUAAUGUAUGGCGUUGUAUGACUUUAUUCCAGUACAAAAAGCCAAAGUAGUACUGGUAUUACCCAGUCAUUCUUUGGUACUAGCAGAUAGAAUGUCUGUAUAAACAAAUUCUCACGAAACAUAUUCAAAUGACAUUUUGUGUUUAGAAAAGGACUAUCUUUUUAAGAAAAAUCAACUUUUUAGGGUGAAUCCUGGAAUAAUAUCCUGUUGUCAACUUUGGGAAUUGUCAGAAGGGGAAAUCAUUUGUAGGUACACUUUUGAAAUAAAAGAGUUAUUUUGCUUUUUUAAAAAACAUAAAAGUGUUAAGGGACAGAAAAUAAUUCUCAAAAGAUGGACAAUUUGUUUCUACAAUAAGGAGUGACUAAGAAAGGUUCUGAGAUAUUUCCAUUUUCUUUCAGAGAGGCGGUAUGUAUUUGAAAUAAUAAAUUGCCAGUGAUUAAGGGGUACUAUUAAAAUGAAUGGUGCAUAUAGAAGUAAACAUAUUAUUAUUAUGUAGUGAUAAAGUAGAACCUUACAUAAUUAUCAGGUAUGAAAUUUGGCUUGGAUGGAGAAAUAAAGGGUAUUGAAGCUCUAAGAGAUGAAUUUAGAGGAGGAUUUUUCAUCUAUCCAUACAGUUCUCUUUAUAGACUUUUGAACUAUGAGGUUUCAAACCAAUGUAUGGCUCUUACUUGAUUUACUGAAAGGGGCCUCCUAACAAAGCUUUCAGAAUUAUAGUGGGGUUUCUUUUUAUAAGGGAAGCUUAAUAUGGCAUUAUUUUUAGCCAGUGAUUUGGUAAGCCUACAGUAUGAAUGUUUUCAUAUAAUUACUAAAAUAACAUGAAUCAUUUUCAGUAAUUCAGAAUUCAAAAGCUUUAUGAAUUUAACAGCCUGUUAUAAUAGGACUCUCGAUUUUAUGAUGAGAAAAAAAACAUGUUGGAGUUCAGGCAUUUUGUUAGGUACCUUAAUCCUCAGUAAUUAGUAGUAUAUGAUUAUUACAUUUCCUACAAGGAAUCUAUAGUUGUAUGUAUUAAGUGUGUAUAUAUGUUCAUAUGAACAUGCAAGAUAUAGGCAAUAGAAAUUAAGUAAUCCAAAAGAAGAUUCCGUUAUUAAGUAUCUUCCUUUUGAAAUCUGGAUUUACAAAGUCAUAGUGCAGUAACUUUAAAUGUAGAUAGUGCCGACAUUCUUAGCACCUCACUCUAGUAUGUUUAAUUAAAAUUUGUAUAAAUGUAAAUUAGUGUAAGAGGAUAAAGUAAUAUCUAAUCAAGUUAUUUUUCAAAAGAUUACAAUACCUUUUUGGUCUACACCUAAACUGUGUUCAUUUUGUACAUAUUCUGUGUUUAAUUCUAAUUGCACCUUUGUGAUGUGUAUUUAUAUACAGUGUGCAUAAUAUGUUUGUGAAAUUUGGAUUACAAUUGUAGAUUAUGUAUGAUGGCAUUGCUUGAGAAUGUUUUGCUUGUAAAAAUUUGAAGGUGCAAUCAAAUGCUACUAGUUUUUCUGAUUUUCAAGAAGCUAUCUAAAGUAUUAAGCCUUUUCCUUCCUGUGUAGUACUUACUAAACAACUUUUUGUAUUUAGGCAUUUGCAUCAAAUUGCUGAACAAGAUUAAUAUCCACAUUAAUUCAACAAUUUUAAAAGACUAUUUGGGGAGGGUUGGGUAUAUAAUUUUUUAGCUCUAUUUACAUCCCAAAGUAGAAAGAUAAAAUUUAUAUUUACUAGAGCUAUUCAAAGAAUACACUUUUCUAUAUUGUAAAAACAGGAACAGCAAAGUAAAUCAUACAGAAAAUAAACAUUUAUACUAUUCUGUAAAAAAAA